AUGAUGGAGAUCUAAAAAAUUACCAAGUCAAUAUAAAGUGAUUCGACCUUACAUAAGUCGAAUUAGAAUAAAAUUAUCAACUCAUCUAAGUAGAACAACGAAGAAGGACAAAAAGACUUUUUAAAAUUAUAAGCUAUUCUUGAAUCGAAAACAAAAAUUGAUAAAACCCAGAAAUCUAAUCCAUCUCAGAAACCGAAGUCAUAAGGCAUCCCAGAAUUAAAAGUAAAAGAUCCAAUUAAGAAUAAUCCAAAUAAUAGUGUGAUUACCAAGAAGCAUGAUGAAUAGAAAAAGCAAACAAAGGAGCUUGUAGUUAAGCAGAAAGAAGGGGAAAAACACCAUGUCAAAUAAGAAAUAGGUAAAUUCGAUAAAGUUUAGAAGCAAAUUAAAACCAAUCCUUCAACUUCUGCGCAACAAGCACCUAAACAGAAGGAAGUGAAGGACAAUUCUUAUUAGCCAUUAAAAAUACAUAAGCCUAUGAUCAAAGAUAAAGUAGUUUAAAAAGAUGAUGACGAAGCUAAAGUUCAAUAGAAUGAGAUCAUUAUAUAAAAGAAAAAUAACCAAAACAAUGAUAAGCAAGUUUCUAUAAAGAAGGAUAACUUGGAUGAAACAAAAAAACCAUAGCCUGUACUUGUAGCAAAUUAGCAAUCAUAGAAAUAAUAAAUUAAGAAAGAUCUUGGAGAGGAAAAGCUCAUGUAGUUACUAUUAAGUUCAUCCAACAAAAACACUAAGAAGAGUAAAAAUAAGGAGAAGGAAAAGCAAGAGCAAAUAAAAUCAAAGGAAUCCAAAGGUCAAAAUCCAUAAUUCAAUUCAUCUAUCAAUAGGGAUAAAAUCAAAGAAUUAUAGAGCUAGAAAUCAAAGCCUUUUUCAAUUAAACCCUAAAUCAAAGACCUAAGCAUUUAAAAAUUAAGCCAAUAAAAGAAUUACAUUAAUGAUGAUUAUGAUUUAGAUGAUUCGUUUAUUAAUGAUUCAGAGAGCGUAGAUGUAGAGAUCGAUCCAAAAGAAGUUGUCACUGAAUUAAAGAAGUUGCAGAGAAAAAAGGAAGGUAGAAAGCAGGGCGAUCUAGAUGAUGACAUUGAAGAGGCUGGUUUUGAUGUCAUGUUGAAGGAGGAAAAGAAGUCUAGAGUAUUGGGGAUUAUAGAUGACUACAGAGAAGAGAAGUAUAUAAAGAAAGAAAUUAAAAAAGAAAAACAACAGAAGAAGAAGUUAAUGGAGAUGAAAAAUAAAUAGGAAAAUAAAAAAGAAGAAGAUGCGUAGUGAAUUUAAACUAUAUUUUAAUGAUAUAAAUAACACAUUAAUAGACUACUGAUUUUUAAGCAAUGA